CCCGUGAAAGCCCCCCAAUUUUUCCGCCAGCUCUUCCCCAUACCCGCCAGCUCCAGCCUUGCUUGCUGAGAAUUUCUGGUAGUGAGACCUGACGCAUGAGGAGCCCAGGGGAGUGACGAGCUAGACGGCUAGGCACUUUUAGACUUAGAUUUUUGUAGUUAGGCCGUUAGUCACCCAUGCUUGACUUAGAAAUUUUUGUGUACAAAACACCCUUAGUUAUAGUCAUGACUAUAUAAAUGAAGUUAUAAAUUGUUGUACAUUUUGACAAAAAAAGAAAGAAGUUGAGAAGAACCUCUCUUCCCACUCAAUCGAACGUGGUUUCUUUUCUUCUUUCUCUCUCCUCUUUCUGGAGCUUUCUUUGCAAUUUUCCCAGCGUAAGAUUCUUUUCUGGAAUCUCUUUUCUCUACUUUUUCCCGGCAUCCAAACACCGGGAGGAGCACGCGAAACGAACUUUCUUUUGGAAUUGAGCAGAUCUGGAUCGGCAACAAGAGAACCACAGCGGCGAGUCAGAGAGCUCACUGGAGUCGGUGAUGGCGGUGUCAUCUGAGCAUUGCGGGAGCUACUCUUCUAGUUCUUCCUUGUCUGGUGAAGUGCCGGACAGAAUCGAGAAAGAAAUCAGCAGUGAGGUCAGAGAGCUGGAUAGUAGCACGGAGGCUAGUGGCGUUGAUGUUGGUGCUGGCAGCGGUGGUGGCGGUCCAGUGAAUGACGGUGGCGCUGAAUCUUCAGGCACUAGUCAUAGAAACUCCUAUGUGGUAAAGGCUUUACCGGUGGACAUUUCUAAUACUGGCAAAUCAUCUUCAAGUCAUCAGAAAUUGGAGAAAUCAAAAACAGAGCAUCAGAGGCAUCGUAAUGUGUUUACCAAAGAGGCAGCCCGGUUUUUUGAUGAUAAGAUGCCUGCUCAACAGAAGCUUAAAUUGUUGAAUAGAAUAGCUACUGUGAAAGAUGAUGGAACUGUGGAAUUUGAAGUUCCAGGAGAUGUUGAGCCGGAAGCUCUUGAUGGUGGAUUGAGAGAUUCAGGUAGUGAAGUUAAUCAAGAUGAGGCUCUUGAUGCAGACUUUCUGGACAUACGACCAUUGCAAAUAGUAAUGCUCAUUGUGGGCACACGUGGAGAUGUACAGCCAUUUGUUGCAAUUGGAAAACGUCUUCAGGAUUAUGGUCAUCGUGUUAGACUGGCUACUCAUUCAAAUUUUAAAGAGUUUGUCUUGACUGCUGGGUUGGAGUUUUUUCCUCUAGGCGGAGACCCAAAAGUUCUUGCUGGGUAUAUGGUAAAAAAUAAAGGCUUCUUGCCUUCAGGCCCUUCUGAGAUAACUAUUCAACGAAAUCAGAUAAAAGAAAUUAUAUUCUCUUUGCUUCCAGCUUGCCGAGAUCCAGAUCCUGAUUCUACAAUUGCAUUUAAGGCAGAUGCAAUCAUUGCAAAUCCUCCUGCAUAUGGGCAUGUCCAUGUGGCAGAGGCGCUAAAAGUACCAUUGCAUAUAUUUUUCACAAUGCCAUGGACGCCAACUAGCGAGUUCCCACACCCUCUGUCCCGUGUCAAGCAACCAGCUGGAUAUCGACUUUCAUAUCAAAUAGUUGACUCCUUGAUUUGGCUUGGAAUACGUGACAUUAUAAAUGAUUUUAGAAAGAAGAACCUCAAGCUUCGACCAAUCACAUACUUAAGUGGUUCCCAAGGUUCUGAUUCUGAUGUUCCACAUGGAUAUAUAUGGAGUCCUAACCUUGUUCCUAAGCCAAAAGAUUGGGGACCUAAGGUUGAUGUUGUGGGAUUUUGCUUCCUUGAUCUUGCAUCCAAUUAUGAACCUCCUGAAACACUUGUAAACUGGCUUAAAGAGGGGCCAAAGCCUAUUUAUAUUGGAUUUGGCAGCCUUCCUGUUCAAGAGCCAGAAAAAAUGACACAAAUAAUUGUGGAGGCAUUGGAAAAAACUAAACAAAGGGGUAUCAUUAACAAAGGCUGGGGUGGCCUUGGUAACUUGGCAGAACCUAAGGACUUUGUUUACCUAUUGGACAACUGUCCUCAUGAUUGGCUGUUCUUGCAAUGCAAGGCAGUGGUAAGUACAUAAAUUCAGACUAGGGAAAGAAGUCAAGACAUUUGUUUUUAUUUUUCAGGUCAUAGAGAAGCUUCUUUUAUGCUGUUGGUGUUGGUAGUUUACCUACCAUGAAAGAGAACUGUUUUUUGUUUGAGAGAGGCAUUUCCUGCAAUAUUUGAUCAUUAAUUGUUUGUUCUUCAACUCUGAAUUGCACUGUUUUUCAUAAAGAUAUAUGGCUAGAAGUAUAAAGAUUACCGGCAAGG